AUGUCCCAUUCGGACAUUAUCCUCGCCACGCUCUUCUACCAGUUCUGUCUCUACGUCUGUGUCCGCCUCGCGCGCCGUGGCUUUACGCUGGGCGAGCUGGGUAUUGUCACCCACGCGGCCACGGCGCUGUUCAUGGAGACUGUCAACAUUACUCGCUCCAAGAUCUCCGUGUUCAGGACGCCGUACAUCAAAACGUAUCGUCUCCCAACCCCACUGCUCAUCUUUCAGCUGGCACUCAUCCCCGGCUCGCUUCUGACCGGUAUCCUCCUUUCGCCGCUGCUCUACCUCUCGCGGCACCUCGCCCAGCGUCCAGUACAUCGUUUGCGCUUCCCGCACGAAAAGCCCACCCAUCGCCGUCUGCUAGCUAUCGGCUUUUAUGCCGGUGCGGCCAUUGUCGUCGUUGGCGUUGUGGGCGUGUGGGCGCGGUGGUGUCUCGGCUGGCGUGACCCAUGGAUCUGGACCAUCUUCUUCCUUCUCGAUGGCAUCCACGUGUGGACUCGCCCAGCGCUCAUCGCGUACUGGGGUGCGCUUGCCCUGUUUGGCGUCGCGGCAUGGCAGCGGCAGCUGUCUCGCGCACGCCGGCACAGGCGAUACAUUCCCCCCGGCGCCGUCCGCGACUCUACGUCGUCCACGUCGUCGGCGGGCUCCAUCCCCCCGGCACACGUGUACCCUUCGGGUGCCAGCGCGGUGGCUACGCAGAUGAUGGACGCGGCGGACCAGCGCAUGCCCACGCUCUCUGUCAACGCGCGCCGCAAGUCGUUCCACGCGCUCGCAGUCGCCAUGUUCAUCCCGGGCAUGGCUGUCGACCCGGCAUUCACACACCUGUCAUACUCGGUCGCCUUUGCCGCAUUCACGUUUGCAGAGUAUGUGCGCUAUUUCGCCCUGUGGCCCCUAGGCGCCAGCGUCCACCUGUUCCUCAACGAGUUCAUCGACCACAAGGACUCGGGUACCGCCAUUCUGAGCCAUUUCUACCUGUUGGCCGGGUGUGCCACACCGCUUUGGCUCGAGGGGCCCUCGCCGAUCCUGGCCUUCUUCGGCGUCCUGGCCCUCGGCAUCGGCGACGCCGUCGCGUCCAUCGUAGGCCGCAAGAUCGGGUACGCGCGCUGGUCGCCUGCGAGCGGCAAGACGGUGGAAGGGUCCGCUGCGUUUUUGGCCAGCGUCGUCGCCAGCGCGGUCCUCAUGUACUUUGUCGGCGCGGUGGACGAGUUUGCCUUUGUCCAGUUUGUGACUACUACAGUGCUCGUCACCCUCAUGGAGGCGUUCUCGGCGCAAAACGACAACUUGGUGCUCCCCGUGUAUGGAUGGGCGGUAGGCACGCUCCUGGGCGUGUAG